CAGCUUAUUAGAAUAAUGAUAUGAACAAUGAGCAUCCACUCGAGAGCGGCGGUUCCAAAAGACAUCAUCGAUGCCUUUCGACCCUUUUCUGUGCUUUAUCCAUCCGCUGAGCAGUAACCCAUUUGCCAAUUUGCGACCCCUUCAAUGCCCACGAAUCUAUAAAGGCCUGCGUGUCUUUAUUGCCUUUUGUUCUUCUUGUUCUUCUUGUUCUUCAGGAUUGUGAAGAACUGGAUGGUUUCUGGGUCUCUGGCUUGUGGGCUUAUAGCUUAAUCGUUUCCUGCAGAUCCGACGUGAUUUCAUAAGCGAUAAACCGAGAGGCAAUACCGAAGUACACUCGAUAUUUCACAACUAAAGCUGAUGUUAGUAACUAAGCAAUGCAGCUAUAUCAUCAUCCGUUCUCUUUGAACAGCCAGAAGGUGAGACUCGCCUUGGAAGAGCAAGGCAUCGAUUACACGUCGUUUCAUGUCAAUCCUAUCACGGCGAAGAACAUGGACGCCUCGUUCUUCAAGAUGAACUCAAAUGCAAAACUUCCCGUCUUUCAAAACGGUUCCCAUGUCAUUUUCGACACCAUCGAGAUAAUUCAAUAUAUAGAAAGAAUUGCCAUUGUCUCCUCGGGGAUCGAUGACGUAAUGCCGAGUAGUCGAGAAGUUGUUGAAUGGAUGCAUAAGAUACAAGAAUGGAAUCCAAAAUUUUUCACUCUUGCCCACAUUCCUGAGAAGUACCGUCUCGCUGUUACCAAAUUUAGAAGGCGGGUAGUGAUCGCUCGGAUGGCCGAAACUCCCGAAAUGGCUGCUGCUUACCAUCAUAAGCUCCGAGAAGCAUACGAGACCGAAGACAAAUUGAAAAACAAAACCGUUAUCAAACAAAGCACGGAACAUCUAGUUGCACUUCUUGAUGAAAUCGAGUCGAAACUAGGCCAAACGUCUUACUUGGUAGGGGAAGAGUUUACCAUGGCCGACGCCGUGUUCAUACCUGUGCUGGCUCGGCUCGUUCUGUUGAAGCUGGCCGACGAGUACAUCGGUAGCAGACCGAACAUUGCAGAGUAUUGGAUGUUGGUGCAGCAGAGACCAAGCUACAAGAAGGUGAUUGGGAAGUACUUCAAUGGAUGGAGAAAGCAUAAAACACUUCUGAAAACUUGGUGUUUUGUUCAUAUCAGAACCUUGCUGAGGAGAUAUUGAUGAGAAAAGACUAAAAAGUCACGAAAAUGUUUAUAUUUUGUACAUUUGAGGGAGGGAUUAUAGGGGUAAAAUGGUAAAAGUGCAUGUAUUUAUUGCCUUUUUUUUUCUUUUACCUCCCUGUUUGUUAUGUUUCAUUAAGUGUGUUGUGUGUUUGUUUCAUUUUGAAUUUUGAUUUGGAUUUCUUAAUAAAAUGGUAUAAAA